AUUACUUAUACUCGAUGCUCAGGAUUCGUACUUUGAAAUUUUGUAGUUAUAACCAUUAGCUAGGAUGUCCCGUUUGGUAUCAAGUGAUAAAAUGACUGUUGCGUUCUACUAGUCCCGAUUCUGUGCUGUUACUGUUCAUAACGUCAAAAUGAUGAGCCCGGUGCCAGGGGUUAAGCGCAAUAUAAACAUCAUUGCCAAUGAUGUAGAGAAAUAUGAUAAGGUUUUGCAUUCGAAUUUGAAUGGAGCACUUAUCGAGAAAACUCAUGUGGGAUUAAUACCAGGUAGAAAUGGUCAGACAUUGAAAGGGCAGGGCAUAGAGAUUCAAGACACUGCUGUUUCCAUCAUUCAAAAUGACAAUGUCACUGCUGAAAAAAGAAGAAUUAUGGGAAACCAAUCUGUUCCAACGGCAAUCAUUGAUCAGCCUUCUGAAAAAGAAAGAGGAGACACAAUUCAAAAUAUAACUAUUGGCACAAAAAGGCUCUUAGAGAAUCAUGUGAGAAUGGAAGACCUCAGCAUAAAAAAAAAGACUUCCCAAAGUCGGCAAGUAAACCCACUUAGGCAAAGAAUCACACCUCGGAUAAAAAAUUUGAUAUUGAAGAGGGAAUUAUCUGUCCAAACAUUGCUCCCACAAACGCAUAAAGCUAGUGAGUCAAACCGGAGUCAAAUUAUUCCAUCGAAUGGGCAUUUGAGAUUAGACUCACCAUCCACUAGCCAAGAUGUGCCUACAGGGAUUCGUUACAUACCUGAAGAUUUUGAUUCAGGUAGUUCGGAUUCAGAAGAUAUCACAACACUUCCGACUGAUGGAAGUCUAACCAAGGAUACGAACAACACACAAUAUGAGAUUAUAGUGAGCAAGUUGACAUCCUUUCGCUGUCCAUCUGUACAUUGGGUAUCAUGUAUGGCAUAUGGUAAUGUGAUGUGGAUGCUCUGGAAAAAGGAUUUAUCAGGCAUUGAUAGACGUGUUGUUAUUUCUCCAGAUAUGAAGCUCCAAGCAAUAACUGCAUACGAAAUCCAUGUACAGAUUUUUAUGGGAGAUCAAGUGGUGUCGGUGCCAGAAUUAGAGAAAAUUGACUUUGCCAUUGAAGUUGAACAAGUAUUAGUAUCUGUAGCGAUGAUGUUUCUUUGUGAAUCAACUGGCAAUGGAGAGAGAAUACCAGAAUGUGCUGGGUGGCUCCUUGAAAAAAGAAAUAGGCGGACUGGCCGCAUAAUUAGGCAGUGUGAUGUAUGCAGCAAGCUUAAGAAAGUCACUAAGUCUCGUCAAAUGAAAAAACUCAUGAAACAGCACGAAAAAGCCUUACAAAUGAAAGCUAGCUACGAAAAUAUGCUUCGCCAUAAUGCGCUGCUGGAAAAAGAGGUAGCAGAUCUAGAGCUGCAGGUUCAAACUAUGAAAGCGCAGUGCAUUCAUAAUAAAUGAAAAAGAAAUUAAACAAUUGCAUUCAUCAUGCAGCUUCUGAAAGUCAAAGGGUUCCAAGUGAAAUAUGAGAAUGAAUUGACACGUAAAUAUCCUGAAAGGUUUCCUAACUUUACCGAAAAGUAUUGGCUGUGGUGAAAGAUGAGGAGUUUCGAUCGCAACCGAUACACUUCUUUGGGUUCGGUCUCGGAACUUACAUAUCAUGGAAGUUACGGUGGAUUCCGUAAUAACUUAAGACCUAUUUGAUACUUCAUGAAAUUAUUCUGGAAUAAUAUUAUAUUCAUGUACCUUGAUCAUAAAAUGUUUUAAUCCAUAAGAGAUCGGUCAAUACACGAAGUUUUGGACAGUA